AUGUGGCCAUCAACAAGUACGGAAAAAUUACCGGAAUAUGUCGUUGUGGCAUAUCCGGGAGUGGUGAGAAAUGCGGAGAAGGCGAUUGAAACUUUGGGUGGUGCUCAAACUCUUAGCAUGAACCAUUUUGCUGGUCGUCCAAUCGAACUGCGACAUCAUCCGAAAAAUCUCUAUGCAAAUGCUUUGGUAUCAGAGCGAGGAUCCGCCGAAAAAUCUUUCGGUGGCACCGGAACAGUAUUGUGUGUUGCGACUGUACGUGUCAAAAAGUCUGAUCCAAACUGUGUGCAAGCAAAAAUAAUUGGAAUGGUUUCAACAGUGUAUACGUUCAAAUCCAUGUGUGAUUUCCAUUACUUACCAAUUCGUCGAAGUGAAACAUUUAAGGAAUGUUUUGAAAAUUUAGUACCGAGAUUGGUACCAUUAGAUCUUCCGAGCGCUCUGUCAUGGUGGAACCAACCUGAAAGUGAACCUCGUACACCGUUACAUCUUCCUCCUUAUCAGUUCUCAAGGUACUCAGUACCAUCGUCCAAGCUAUUAUGCAAGGAAACUGAUUUCUCACCGGAAAAAGUGAAACGAAAAAGCGCUGGGCACGGACAAAGUUUACGAUCAGAAAGGAAAGCAUUAUCUGUAACAGUGCAUUCAACCGCUGAAUUUCCGAAACAGCCUACUGAAGAGGCAGUCAAUGAUGCAAACAUUAGAUGUAAAAACGACGAGCCUCAUCGUUUGCUACAGGAAUUGUUCGAAGAGCGACCAAUGUGGACCAGAGUGGGCAUUCUUAAGAAAACAGGGCUGGAUGAUGGUUUAAUAAAAACACUGCUACAAAAAUUUGCAUUUUACAUUUUAAAUGGACCAUGGGGACGUUUGUGGUGUCGUUUCGGUUAUGAUCCAAGAACUGACCCAAAUGCAAAACAGUACCAGUCAGUUAUGGUGACGUUUCGACAACACGCCAAAAUACCUGAAAGGCAGCGUUUGAAGAUUGUAACUAAAAAUAGUGAACGAUCAGGUCACGUUUCGGUUACAAGUGCUUCAUCGUUAGCACCAGCGAUCCCGUCUAUAUACGGUUCUCUUGCAGAUGAGCAUAUCGAUUUUACAUAUACACCUGGAGAACUUCCUCGUGUGCGACAAAUGUGGUAUUGCAUAUGUGAUGUAAAGCUUCCAGUUGCUGAAGAAAUUGUACGAAAGGAAUUUUUUGCACACAGUGAAAAAGCUGAUCCGCAGAACGGAUGGCUGCCGCCGAAAGCCGUUGACCGGAUUCGUGACGCUAUCAAAGAAGAUGUUAGAAAACUGAGCAAUCAAAUCGAAGAAGAGGAGGGGAUCCCAGAUGAAAUCGAAGAGGACUGGUGA